AUGGUUCCGAGUUACUUGUGCUGUGACGGCGAUCAGAUGAAUAAUGGUAAUAAUAGUGGGUUGAAUCUUAAUGCUCUAUCUGUAAUGGCUUGCUACGAUCUGCCAUUGUUGCAGAGUUCGGCGGCGGCCAUUUGGAUCCCCACCGGGCCUCCGCCAGCCGAGGAAGGAGGCCAUAGCAAGCGGCUGAGAAGGACGGAGAGCGUUCCUGAAUCCAACGGAAGUGGCAACUCUGUCUGGGUUUCUGGCGGCGGCAGCGGAUUCAGACGGAAUAACAGCGCCCCCAGCCUGACGACGGUGCAGUUCCGCAACCAGGUAUUGACUUGCAUUCAAAGAUUCUCCGUGCCCGAGGCGGCCGAAGAGGACGCAAAGGCUGAGGAAGACGGCGUCGCCGGCGGAGACGGGACGAGGCUGGUACUCCUCCUGAUUUCGUGCGCCGAGGCCGUGGCUUGCCGCGACAAGGCCCACGCCUCUGCUUUGCUCUCGGAGCUGCGAGCCAGCGCGCUCGUCUUCGGCUCGGCGUUCCAGCGCGUGGCGUCUUGCUUCGUGCAGGGCCUCGCCGACCGGCUGGCGAUGGUGCAGCCGCUGGGAACGGUCGGCUCGCUUGCCCCGGCCAUGAACGAAAGGGACAUUGACUGGGAGAAGCAGCAAGAGGCGCUUCGGCUCGUUUACGACAUCUGCCCGCACAUUCAGUUCGGGCACUUCGUGGCCAACAACGCAAUAUUGGAAGCCUUUGAGGGAGAGAAUUUCGUCCACGUCGUGGACCUGGGGAUGACCCGGGGGCUGCCCCACGGCCAUCAAUGGCGGAACCUGAUCCAGAGCCUGGCUGCCCGUUCCGGGUCGCCACCGGGCCGCCUCAGAAUUACCGCCGUCGGCUCCUACGCCAAGAGAUUCCAGCUCAUCGGCAAUGAGCUGGAAGCCUAUGCCGAGAGCGUCGGGAUAAACCUGGAGUUCUCAGUGGUGGAAAGUAGCCUAGACAGCCUGAAGAAAGAAGAAAUUGAAACUUUCGAAGACGAAGUGGUGGUGGUGAACAGCAUUCUGGAGCUCCACUGCGUGGUGAAGGAGAGCCGGGGAGCUUUGAACUCCGUGCUGCAGAUCAUCCACGAGCUGUCUCCCAGGGUUUUGGUUCUGGUGGAGCAGGAUUCCAGCCACAACGGGCCAUUCUUCCUCGGCCGAUUCAUGGAAGCUCUGCAUUACUACUCUGCCAUCUUCGACUCGCUGGACGCGAUGCUGCCCAGGUUCGACACGAGGCGCGCGAAGAUGGAGCAGUUCUUCUUCGCGGAGGAGAUCAAGAACAUCGUGAGCUGCGAGGGGCCGGCGAGGGUGGAGCGGCACGAGCGGGUGGACCAGUGGCGCAGGAGGAUGAGCCGGGCGGGGUUCCAGCCGGCGCCCAUCAAGAUGGCAGCCCAGGCCAAGCUGUGGCUGGGGAAGAUGAUGAUGAUGAGCUCCUGCGAGGGCUUCACCAUUGUUGAAGAGAAAGGCUGCCUGGUUCUGGGCUGGAAAUCGAAGCCCAUCGUCGCGGCUUCCUGCUGGAAAUGCUGA